AUGUCUGCUCCUGCGCCAUCUCUGCCUACUACCAAUGGAAUCCCAGCCUCAGGGGCGACUGCUGCACCCACGACAACGGCCCCAGCGGCUACAGGGGGCGCUACCGGUGCUCCUAUACCACGCUCCGCUCAGAACACGGAUGGGGGCAGCAGCGUAGGCACUUUCCAGGUCAAGUCUGGUCUGGCUCAAAUGCUCAAGGGAGGUGUGAUUAUGGAUGUCGUCAAUGCGGAGCAGGCACGCAUCGCUGAAGAGGCCGGUGCUUGCGCUGUAAUGGCUUUGGAGCGUGUUCCAGCUGAUAUCCGUAGGGAAGGGGGAGUCGCACGUAUGAGCGAUCCCAAAAUGAUCAAAGAGAUCAUGGACGCCGUGACUAUUCCGGUGAUGGCCAAGGUUCGUAUUGGCCACUUUGUCGAGGCUCAGAUCCUUCAGGCGAUCGGGAUCGACUACAUCGACGAGUCUGAGGUCCUGACCCCUGCUGACGAACAACACCACAUUAACAAGCAUUCGUUCAGGAUUCCCUUCGUCUGUGGAGCUACAUCGCUCGGCGAGGCGCUCCGACGCAUCUCCGAGGGUGCAGCAAUGAUCCGCACCAAGGGCGAAGCCGGAACCGGAAAUGUUGUCGAGGCCGUCCGUCACGCACGCGCAGUCAAUGCCGAAAUUCGCAAGGCUGCUGGUAUGACUGACGAAGAACUCUAUUCUUACGCUAAGGAGAUCCAGGCACCCUUCCAUCUUCUCAAGGAGACUGCUCGCCUGAAGCGUCUACCGGUUGUUAGCUUCGCAGCCGGAGGUGUCGCUACCCCUGCUGACGCUGCGAUGAUGAUGCAGCUUGGGUGCGAUGGAGGCAAUCUUUGUCGGAUCUGGGAUCUUCUUGACCCAUCUAAACGUGCUCGUGCAAUUGUUCAGGCCGUUACACACUACAACAACCCGAAAGUUUUGGCAGAGGUCUCGGAGAACCUUGGAGAGGCCAUGGUCGGCUUGACUAUUGACAAAGAUCUCAAAGGUGGACGCAUGGCUGUAAGGGGGUGGUAA